CUAAGGUUGGUUGAGUCGUCGGCUAGAGGAGUGCGCGAGGCUCGCGGCCGCGAUGAUCUGACAGAUGAAAUAACGAAAAAAAGAAAGAGAAGGCGGUCGUCCUCCCACACAAAACAAUGUUCCCCAAAGGCAAAGGCACGCCGGUGCCGUCGGACAACCAGGCACGAGAAAAGUUGGCUCUAUACGUCUACGAGUAUUUGUUACACAUAGGAGCACAGAAGUCUGCACAGACCUUUUUAUCAGAGAUCCGAUGGGAGAAAAACAUAACACUCGGAGAACCCCCUGGAUUCCUACAUUCCUGGUGGUGUGUUUUCUGGGACUUGUAUUGUGCUGCACCAGAGAGGAGAGAGACGUGUGAUCACUCCAGUGAGGCAAAGGCCUUCCAUGAUUAUAGUGCGGCAGCAGCCCCCAGCCCUGUGAUGGGAGGGAUGCCCCCUGGUGAGGGGAUGGCAGGAGGACCAAUGCCACCCGGCUUUUUCCAAGGUCCUCCUGGUCCCCAGGGCUCUCCUCACCCUCAGCCUCCUCCCCCUAACAGUAUGAUGGGGCCACACAGCCAGUCCUUCAUGUCGCCUCGCUUUGCUGGAGGCCCAAGAGGUCCACCCAUGAGGAUGGCCAACCAGCCACCAGGCGCAGGGCCCGGUCCUCAUCCCAUGUUGCCCAACAUGGACCCCACACGACCACAAGGCCAUCCUAAUUUAGGGCCAAUGCAGAGGAUGAGUGGUCCUCGAGGCAUGGGGCCUAUGGGGCCCGGCCCUCAGAACUUUGGUGGGGGUAUGAGGCCUCCUCACAACAGCAUGGGUCCUGGUAUGCCUGGAGUGAACAUGGGCCCUGGGACCGGUCGGCCAUGGCCCAAUCCUAACAAUGCCAACUCUAUGCCUUACUCAUCACCCUCUCCUGGUGCAUACGGGGGGGCGUCUGGAGGUGCAGGUCCUCCCGGAACUCCCAUCAUGCCCAGCCCUGCAGAUUCAAACAACUCUGGUGACAAUUUGUACACUAUGAUCAACACUGGACCUGGCAACAGAAAUAAUUUCCCGAUGGGCCCUGGCUCCGACGGGCCCCUGGGAGCCAUGGCUGGGAUGGAACCACACCACAUGAAUGGAUCACUAGGCUCUGGUGAUAUGGAUGGAAUGAAUAAGAAUUCCCCAAACAAUUUAAGUGGCAUUAGCAAUCCUCCCGGGACCCCGAGGGAUGACGGAGAGCUGGGUGGAAACUUCCUUCACCCCUUUCAGAACGAGAACUACUCUCCAACCAUGACGAUGAGUGUGUGACCACCCCCCUUCAACCUCCACCCAGCAUUAUUGCCAUCAUUCCUAGGAUCUGAACUCACAACAGGACAUGGCCAAACACAUCAACGCCAAAAUCAGGGACAAGCACCAUUUUGGUUCUACUAAUGCCAGAAUGCUGAUUGGAGAAAAACAUCAAAUUGUUUGCGACUACUGCUCCUCACUCAAAAAAUGAAGGACAAUUUCUCCAUUUAUCACCACCCCAAGUGUGACAAAACCAGCUACUGAAAUGCAUACAUGACACGUUUUAUGUUUUUUGCAGAACUCCCCCUCCCCCAGUCCCAUCAACCUCCUCAGCAAACAGGAAAAACAUGAUUGAAGUUUACCUCUUGUACGUUUUAAUGAUUGCUUUGUGGUGCAAGAUGUGCAGGAAAUGUCAGCUUUUGUCACUGAACACUGGAGAGUGUGCAUAUGCAUUAUGAGCUUGGAAAGUCUUUGUCUCGUCAUUUUACUCAUCGCCAUGCAUACUGUCUCACAAAUGUCGGUUGGCAUUGGACUCUAAUUUUGCCUUUUACUCAAUAGCCACCUUUAUUAAUAAUGUACUGUUCUUCCCAAGCCCACCCUUCUAUUUAAAGAGAUUUUUACAGAUGAGAAUAUGUGAAUGAAAUAUGGCAUUUAUUGUGACGACCUUUCAGAGCACGUUAAUGCUCAGGUAGUUCUUAAUAUGUCAUAUUGAUCCAAUUUGAUCAGUUUCAGUUUCUUAUUGUUGACAGUGAAACUACUCUGCACUCUGAGCUGUUUAAUUGAAACAGGCGGACUGCUGGUGCGUGCUGUCAAGGGAAGCCAGACUUUGGCAGAAGUGAGUGCAUGAGUGCUGAGAAUCUGUGUACAACAUACUACCUAGUGCUGCUCUUCUCUAUAUGGACACCUGCUUUAAGAUGUGGUGUGUAUCUCUUUAUCUGCCUGUGCUUAACACUCUGUGCUCUUCAUUGUCGUAGCCUUCUGUGUUAUGUCUGUUUUGGUUGAGUUAUGAUGAAAUGGCUGUGGAUGAGUUGCCCAUUUUGAUCUCGUACAUAUUGAUUGUUCAUAUCUCCCUCCUGUAUCACUGGUCGUCCCUUUGGCCCCGCCCCCUUUUUUGCCCACCCAUAUAUUUUUUAUAUUUUGAUACAAACUUUGACUACAUAUAUUGCCCCAGUUAUUCAGUUAGUCAAAGCUUUUUAAACUGAUUCUAGUUGGCAUCAUUAUAAACUUAGCAGCAGUCUUGUAAAUGUGAUGAGAAUUUUUGUUUCUUUUUUUUUUUUUUUUUCCUGUGAACAUUACACAUUAUACACAUCUGUCCUAUGUUGCCUUUAUUUGCUGAUAUUUUUUUAUUUUAAAUUGAGGAAAGAUUGCUUGUUAAUAUAAUUUUAC